GCUCACCUUUCUAUUGUUUGUGCCAGUGAGCUUUGGAGCGUGUGAAAUCUCAAGGAUUCAUGUCAAGGGUUCGUACCUUAGCACAGCUAGUAUUGAGCUCAGCUCACUUAACCCAGCAACACUGCACCGGGACAAUACAACUUAUAGCUCUGCCUCGUGAGGUUUACCUCAAGCAGUGACCGGCAUUUUGAACAGUUUGCUGACAGGUAUUUUCAGUGACGUACUCGGGAAUAAAAUGGCUGUACUUCUAGCUGCUGUUGUGGUCGCCCUGCUGUACAGUGGCACAGUCUCAGCAGCGGCCUAUCUCAACCAUCACGAGGUUCUGGACGAGAACGGGGACUUCCUCCUGUCCUGGACGUCUGAUGACGCGCAUGCGCAGAUCGAGCUGGAGGCCCGGGUGAGGACUCGAGGGUGGGUCGGCCUCGGGCUGUCCCCGAACGGAGGCAUGCCGGGAUCGGACAUCGUCAUCGGCUGGGUGAAGGACGGACAGGCCUAUCUCACGGACCGUUAUGCCGAUGAGAAGGCACUGCCCCCUGAGGACGAGAGCCAGGACUGGGAACUUCUGUCUGGGUACGAGAACGACACCCACACCGUCCUCAGGUUCAAGCGGAAACUACAGACGUGUGACGUCAGAGAUCGCGUCAUCAACAAAGACACCAUGCGUGUUCUUUGGGCGUGGCAUGACCAGGACCCAGAUGACGUCACAGGUCCGGCCUACCACAGGCUGAACCGCGGGGUGCGCAGUACUGUGCUGCUGAAAAACAACGAAGAGACGGAAUCUCUACCAAACAACAUCCUGUCCUACGAUGUGCUGAUGACAAACGCGAUCAUACCAUCAAGACGAACAACCUACUGGUGCAAGCUGGUCGACAUGCCCAGACUUCAAGCAAAACAUCAUGUUUUCAAGGUACAACCUGUGAUCACCCCUGGCAACGCAGGAAUGGUUCAUCACAUGCUCGUGUACAAGUGUCAUGCCAAUCCCAACCGCACGGUGGCGCCUGCCGACCAUCCGGGACACCAGUGUCACUAUGGCAACAUGCCCCAAGACUGGAGUGAGUGCUAUCGUGGGUCCAUCAUAGGAGCCUGGGCAGUCGGCACAGGGGACCUGAGCUUCCCCAGCCAUGUCGGGUAUCCCAUCGGUGACGAGGAUGACGGAGGCCAGGUGCUGCUGGAGGUGCACUAUGACAAUCCCGAACAGAAGGAAGGUGUGAUUGACAGCUCUGGCCUGAAGCUUCUGUACACACCUGAACUACGUCAGCAUGACGCAGGAGUCCUGGUAGUGACGCAGCGCAUUGACGCCACGCACAUCGUGCCUCCUCAUGCAGACGGCUUCAAAAUGGACAACUUUUGCAACCAGGAGUGCCUCGAUGCGUUCCUGGAUGAAGCGGGAGAACCUAUCCACAUAUUCGGGGACAUGUUACACGCGCACCUGCUGGCCAGCCAGCUGAAAACAACCGUCAUCAGGGACGGGGUGGAGACCGUGGUGUCACGUGACGACAACUACGACUUCAACCUGCAGCACAUCAGGAUGCUGGAUGAGGAGGUCACAGUUCGAAAGGGAGAUAUGAUCACGACAGAAUGCACGUACAACUCAGAGGACAACAACCAGGCCGUUUACGGCGGACUGGGGACCAACAAUGAGAUGUGCCAGAGCACGCUGUUCUACUACCCGCGGAUGAACAUCGUCUUCUGUGACAGCCAUCCCCAUCCCCUUAACGUGCUCAGCUUCGCAGGUGUCCAGGAGAUAAAUUACAACUUCAAUGUCCCGGCAUGGGUCAACAUCAUCCCAGUGGUAGAACCUGCCAGUAUGUCCAACAUGACCUACAUGGAUGUGGUGAGGAGCAUCGCCUGGGACAAGGACAAGGCGCGGCGGUUCUCGGACCAUCUCCGGGAGGGGAGCUUUGUUUCCAUGUGCGGCGGAAACACGCAGACAAGCAUUGAUACGUCCCAGUACACGAAAGAGAGCCCCCUGCCAAAGGCAACAGUACCAGCACCCGCACCAAAGGACCCCUGCACUACAUCUACGGGGACUGCCGGGCCUGAGAUGUGCACAUUGCUGCAUCUUCUGUUACUUAUCAUGUACUUAAUGCUUUACACACUGUAGACUCUGGGUGAACACAACUUAGGCCUAGGUCACAUUUCCUUUGUGGAAAUGUGACCUUAGCCUAAUGGGUGAACGCACCCUAUGUAAGUUACGUUUAAAUUUUUCGAUAGUAGUUUUUCUUUACCUUUCUCGUGGUGACACUGACCGAUUCUGAGUUUUACUGCAAUUCUGAGGUGUCGCGGAAGUGAGAAGGAUGCGGUACCAAAUGUGACCAAGCUUUUAUGGUCUUUUGUCUUGUCCGGGCGGCGGCGAUAGAAGUUAGUACCCAGUGAUUUACAAACCUGAUGUAACUAUUGAUGGAAAAGGGAAAUACGUAAGAAAUCUUCUGUCACUAAUGCUAUGCUUCAUUAUUUACACACUGUAGACUUUAAUACAUCGAUCAUGUACACACCGUAGACUUAAUGAUAUCAAUUGGCAAACAUGUCUGAUAUUGUGAGGAGACAAAAUUUGUAUAUUUUAUUGAAUUCCAAUAAUAUACAAAAUGCAGGAUAAAGCUACAACAUAUGGUUUUAGAGAACCCAGGAUAUAGCUACAACACGUGAAGAGGCAUAUGCGAUCCUGGGGCUGUUUCUUUUAUGUCGGAAGAUCAAAUCCUCUCUAACUACACCAUGAUUGUAUUCCUUGUAUAAUUUAACGUUCCUCAAAUAAAGUACAUGUAUAAUUUG